GUCCGUGCAUGAAGAGACACGACGAUCAGUUGAAGAAACGUGACGCUCGUGACAGUAGCUUUGCAACGUUUACGAAAUUCACGGCAAGGGUUUGACGGAAGUACAAGGCGCGAGAAUAUCAAAGGCCGCAGAUAUUACUACGCCGCACGUUGUGGAAGGAAGCAGAAAUCGAGUACUGGCAGGAAGUGGGUAGAAGGGGGUACGUCGUUGAGCUAGUUGAUUCGGUGGUGGCUACAUGUGGCUGUCUGCCGGUAGCGACGAGACAUUUCCUAUCGAGGCAUAAAAAAUUACGUUUUCUGAUAAUCGAUAGACGAAAGAAGCUGAAAUCAUGCAAAUGGAUCCAACGACAGUACAGCUUAUCCAGGUUCUAGAGAGAACCGUCUCCUCGAACAAAAAUGAGUUGGAAGCAGCUCAAAACUUUCUUGAGCAGGCAGCAAGAACUAAUCUUCAUGAAUUUUUGCAAAGACUCAGCGGCGUGCUGGUUAAUGCCACUGCAAGCCCAGUGGCUCGUAUGGCAGCAGGUCUUCAGCUCAAAAAUCAACUUACAUCUAAAGAUCCAGAUUUAAAAUGUCAAUAUCAACAACGUUGGCUUGCUAUUCCUGUAGAAACAAGGGAAUAUAUUAAGAAGAAUAUUUUUGGGGCACUUGGAACGGAGAACAACAGGCCAGGUUCUGCAGCACAAUGUGUUGCAUAUGUAGCAGUUGCUGAAUUACCUGUUCGUGAAUGGACCAAUGUCAUUCAUCUGUUAGUCAAUAAUGUUGUAAAUCCAAACAGUACAGAGAUAUUAAAGGAAGCAACUUUAGAAGCCAUCGGUUAUAUUUGUCAAGAUAUAGAAAGCGAUGUUUUGGUACCCCAGUCUAAUGAGAUUCUCACUGCUAUCAUUCAUGGUAUGAAAGGAUCGAGUACCUCGCAUUACGUUCGCCUUGCAGCUACGAGUGCACUCUAUAAUUCAUUAGAAUUUACCAAAGGAAAUUUUGAGAUAGAGACUGAGAGAAACUUCAUUAUGGAGGUGGUAUGUGAGGCAACGCAGUCCUUAAACACCCAAGUUAAAGUAGCUGCUUUACAGUGUCUUGUAAAAAUUAUGUCACUGUAUUAUCAAUAUAUGGAGCCCUACAUGGCUCCAGCACUUUUCCCAAUUACUUUAGAAGCUAUGAAGUCAGAUAUCGAUGAAGUUGCACUGCAAGGAAUUGAGUUUUGGUCAAACGUAUCUGACGAGGAGGUAGAUUUAGCCAUGGAAGAGGGCGAAGCUACCGAUGGUGGUAGACCGCCAGUCAAAGUAUCGAGACAUUAUGCAAAGGGCGCUUUGCAGUAUCUGGUACCUGUUUUGAUGAAGAAGCUCACUAAACAAGAAGAAUUUGAUGACGAAGACGAUUGGAAUCCCUCAAAAGCUGCUGGAGUGUGUUUAAUGUUAUUAUCCUCUUGUUGCGAGGAUGCCAUUGUUCCGUUUGUUCUUCCUUUUGUCAAGGAUAACAUUAAAAGUCACGACUGGAGGUAUCGGGAUGCAGCAUUAAUGGCCUUUGGUUCUAUUCUUGGGGGUGUUGAUCAUGCUACCUUGAAACCUUUGGUAGAGCAAGCAAUGCCAACGCUUAUCGAACUAAUGUACGACAGCAGUGUCGCGGUAAGGGACACAGCUGCAUGGACGUUUGGUCGAAUUUGUGAGAUCAUACCACAAGCAGCGAUUAGUGAGACAUACCUGAAACCAUUGUUAGAGGCUUUGAUAAACGGUUUGAAGGCAGAACCUCGCGUUGCAGCGAACGUUUGUUGGGCGUUCACGGGUCUUGCAGAAGCUAGCUACGAGGCUGCAGAAGGUCUCGAGGGACAGAAUCCGGAAACGUGUUGCAUGUCUCAGUACUUUGAUUUUAUCAUUCAGAGAUUGUUGGAAACGACGGAUCGUCCGGAUGGAGCUCAAGCUAACUUACGAUCGGCUGCUUAUGAAGCACUGAUGGACAUGGUGAAGAACUCUCCGCGCGAUUGUUAUUUAACCGUGCAGAAGACGACGAUGGUAAUUCUGGAGAGAUUGCAGCAGGUACUGCAAAUGGAGACACAUAUCCAGAGCCAUUCGGAUCGUGCUCAAUAUAAUGAUUUGCAAUCGUUGUUAUGCGCAACUUUGCAAUCUGUGCUACGUAAAGUUACACCGGAGGAUGCUCCGCACAUCUCUGAUGUAAUAAUGACAGCAUUGUUGUCUAUGUUCAACUCGAAUUCUUGCAAAGCCGAGGGUGUACAAGAGGAUGCUCUUAUGGCUGUUUCGACUCUAGUCGAAGUCCUUGGAGAAGGUUUCUUGAAGUACAUGGAUGCAUUCAAACCAUAUCUUUGUCUUGGCUUAAAGAAUCAUGCAGAAUAUCAAGUUUGUUGUGCCGCUGUUGGUCUGACCGGAGACAUUUGUCGGGCCCUAAAAAACAAAAUGUUACCCUAUUGCGAUGAGAUCAUGACCCUCUUGCUGGAAAAUCUUGGCAAUAAUUCGGUCAAUCGUUCCGUGAAGCCACAAAUCUUCUCCGUUUUCGGUGAUGUUGCUCUCAGUAUUGGUCCUGAAUUCAAGAAAUAUUUGGAUGUGGUACUUCAAACAUUGGCUCAGGCUUCUCAAGCAAAUGUAGAUAGAAGCGAUUACGAUAUGAUCGAUUAUCUGAACGAAUUACGAGAGGGCGUCCUUGAAGCUUAUACUGGUAUAGUGCAAGGACUGCGCGGUGAUGUAUCGAAUCCUUGCCCAGAUGCGGCAAUUGCUCUGGUAGAGCCGCACGUGCCCUUCAUUAUCCAAUUCAUCACGUCGAUAGCACAGGACCGUGAGCAUUCUGAAGGCAAUAUUGCAGCUUCUGUAGGCUUGCUUGGUGACCUUGUCACCGUGUUUGGAGUAAAACUCUUGCCGAUGGUAGAAACUGAACCACUUACGGAGUUCUUAACCAAGGCUAGACGAUCACGUACUGAGAAGACUAAAACUUUGGCUAACUGGGCUGCUAAAGAGAUUCGGAAGCUCAAGAAUGUUGCUAACUCUACGUCCAGUUGAUCACCCCACGGUUGUACUGUCGUGCAAUUUGAUUUGACUAGAGAGCUAUCGAACACAAUACAAAGACAACAAGAUUGGAUGGUGCGGAUGCGAGUUGAUGGAUGUGCGUGAGUUUCGAAGCGAUGACGAUGAUGGGGUGAUGAGUCUGCACGUGUCCCUGCUCUGGCGACGGUAUUUGAGUACCGACACGUUGAGCGCAACCCCAAAUGGUCGAAAAAAUAAAUACAUGUCUGCCGACAACGGAUGAUGAGGAGUGCAAGUGGAUGUUGCCGAUGAAUGGGCCAAGGCCGAAGUCUGCCGAGAUGUUCCGGUGAUGCAAGUAUGCCUGGUAACGAGCCUGGGGCUUCUACCCGCGUGAUUGAGAAGUUGAACCUGAGGAAAAGACGACUUCAAUGGACGAUGAUCGAGGCCAAUGAGAGAGAGAGAGAGAGAGAGAGAGAGAGAGAGA